CGCCACCGAUUGAUAACAAUUUUUUUCGCCUAUGGUAUAUUCUUGUAUAGUAGGAGUCGAAUAAAAGGUGUUCUCAGAUUUUCUUUAAAUGUUAUGGCGCCAUUGCUCGUCGCGCUUGGCUAUGGCGCCGGCAAGAAUGGCUGCGUUCCGCCGCUGCCGCGCGAGAAAUCCUCGCGGCGGAGGCCGCGGAUGGUGCUCACGGGGAGGCGCCAGCUUGUAUUCUCGCCGAUCGUGCUUCUUGGAUUUGCCCCGCCGGUUCUUCUUGCGAGCGAGGGAGAUCGGCAGCGGCAUUUCGCCGUUGACGAGAUCGAGCAAAUUAUCCGCCAAGACAUCGAGGACAGGCAGUAUUACGUGACUGGUGAUCUCACCAGGAGCAUCUACAGCGACGAUUGCCGAUUCAUCGAUCCAACUACGAAUGUCCAAGGUGUGGAUUCCUACGUUGCGGCAGUGAAAUCGCUGUUCGAUCCGAGCGACUCCAAGCACGAGCUCUUGGAAAUCCGCGUGACAAGCCCGACCACAAUCGAGGCGAAAUGGAGGCUCCAAGGGUCGCUCAAACUUCCUUGGAAACCCCACAUUGCAGCUUACGAAGGAACAACCACAUACACCCUCAACGAUGAUGGUUUCGUUGCAUCGCACAAGGAAACAUGGGACAUCUCACUGCUGACGGCAUUUAUCGAGUUUCUGACGCCUUCUUUCCGUUGAUCAUAAAAGGCGGUACCUAGGUACUAUAAAUUUUU